UUCGAGCAAGAUUGGAAGCCUCUCCUCCCAGCUCCCUCCCCCGGCCCUCCUCUCUCCCGGGGCAGUUUCAGAUCACUGACCCCUGGGCCAGGCCGGAGAGAGCCCGCGGGAUCCCGGAUUGUGUGGGGACGCUGCUGUCCCUCUCUCGGCCUCUCGCCAUGGCCAGGACGCUGUACCGCGUAGCGCUGCUGUGCCUUGUGCUGUCCCAGGCGGUAUCCUUCCUGUCACACCAACGAGCAUCACAAUUCCUCACCAGAUACCGACGGGUAAAUGUGAUGUUUGAGGAACACAGACAAGGUUCCCUAGAGCGGGAAUGCAUUGAAGAAAUUUGCAAUCUAGAGGAAGCUAGGGAAAUAUUUGAGAACAAUCAAGAAACAGAGUACUUUUACCCCAGAUAUCUUGAUUGUCUCAGCCGCUACCAGGUAGGAGUUCCAAACCAGUACCGCAGUUCCAAAAAAUUUCCUGGGGAUUUGCGGAGCUGUAUUACCGAAAUUCCAGACCAGUGCAGCCCUUCACCAUGUAACCCUGACGGCUCAGUCCAAUGUGUGGACGAAGAGGCUGCGUUCACCUGCAUCUGUAAGGAAGGCUGGACAGGAGUUACAUGUCAGCAAGAUAUCGAUGAAUGCCAAAGUGGAAUAUUGGAGGAGAAAGCAUGCAACCAUUCCUGUCACAAUGUGCCUGGGAGUUAUCGCUGCUACUGUGAUGAAGGCUUUUAUAUUGAUUCAAAUAAACGGAACUGCAUUGAUAAGAACGAAUGCUUUACGCAUCCAAACAUUUGUGGGAAGGCAGCAUGCAACAAUCUGCCAGGUACCUUCGAGUGUAAAUGUGCCACAGGAUACGCCUUCAACUCCAUCACGAAAGACUGCCACGAUAUCGAUGAAUGUGCAGCAAACGUGUGUAGAUUUGGCUGUGUGAAUUUCCCCAGCAGCUACUCCUGCUUCUGUGACGGGAGGAAAGGAGAGAGAUUAUCUGCCGAUGGUCAGAGUUGUCAGGAAAUCCCCACGUGUGUCGCCCUUCAGACCAGCAGGAAGUCAGAUAUUCUAAACAUGGGGGAGCUGUUUGCUGGAAUUCCUGUUGUCUACCUUCGAUUCAAGAUCGCUGCCAAGAGCCGGUUUAACGCAAAAUUUGACCUGAGGACUUAUGACUCGGAAGGUGUUAUAUUCUAUGCUGAAACGAAUGGGAACAGUGCCUGGUUCCUGUUUGCUGUUCGGGAUGGAAAGCUGGAAGUUCAGUUCAAGAAUGAGAACAUAGCCAAGGUGACAAUUAGUGCUGGACCAUUAAUCAAUGAUGGGACCUGGCACACAAUCUCUGUGGAAGAAACUCAAAGUAGUGUGUUGGUGAAGAUCGCCCAGGAGUCCGUGAUCAAAAUCAAUAGUCCUAGACGACUCUUUUCAGUGGAUAAUGAGACAACGGAGAUAAAGAUAUCUAUCGCAGGUUUACCCAGACAGGCAGAUCGUAUCCUUCCAACUGUAAUCACCAGUUAUUGAAACAUCUUACACUAG